CAAAAAGAAUCUGUACCUGAAGUUUCUCCCGCGAUCUAAUUUCCCUCUCGCCGGCGAAGCAAAACCCCAACCCCUUCCGGCCGUCGUCAGCUGCCGAUCUCCGACCGGCGACACUGUCUUCUUUCUCAAAUAUACUCCUCUUCCUUGAGCCCGUGCAUGGUAGAAUCUCCACAGGCGGCAUGGCAACGACAGCGACUCAGCGAGGUAAGUCACAGUCCCAUCUCCACCGCGAUUUCCCUUCCCCUGUUCUGAAACCAUGGGGGAACCAUCGCCUCCUCCGAUGUGACGCCGUUGAUGGAAACGAAGAUAUUGUCGCGGGAAAUCAAUCAUCGUCUCUACCUCGGGAUGGCCGGCGACGGUUCCCUAUCUCCGAUGAUUCUGAAAUCUCCGUCGGAAACGAAGAAAACGGACUCGUGAAACUCCGUGAAAAGCUCUUAGGUCAUCUCCGCGAAGUCGCCGACAGAUUGAAACUCGAAGUAAUACCUUCUAUCGAUCCACCGCCAUCAAGAACGCCGGAGACUGUACUCCCCUCAGCUAUCACGCCGGCGGAAGCGAUACCAUGGAAUCUCAGGAGUAAAAGGGCUUCGCGAAAUGAAGCAUCGCCGGUUUCGGGAACAGAGAGGAUGAUCCGCGAGGAGCAUCGGAAGUUCUCCGUCUCUCUCACGCGAGAAGAGAUCGAUGAAGAUGUCUUCGCGCUUACAGGAUCUCGACCUCGUCGCCGGCCGAAGAAACGGGCCAGGAUCGUUCAACGGCAGCUCGAUGCGAUCUUCCCGGGGUUAUGGCUGUCGGAGAUCUCGCCGGAGUUAUACAGAGUGCCGGAGUAGUGGUUUUCCGGCGAGAGUAUUCUUACCAUCCGGUGACGGUAUCGCCCUCUCACUUACCCCUUUUUCUCGUGGUUUAUAUAUAGCAAUUAGGAUGAAUUGUUUGAACAAUGAUUCUUCUAUAUGGAAGAUAACAUAAUGUUCAGUUCGUGCAUGGUUUGUAUUAGGAAUGUUGCUUUGUUUCUUAUUUUGUGCUUUAUUGCUAUAAAAAACAGGGGGAAUUUACCAUUUCCAUGAU